ACUCACCCCCGAUGAUCAAUGGCGGCUCCUUGUGCUGCACAUCGAGUGUGGUGUGCUGUGGCUGCGGCUCCAGCAUCGUCGUCUGCAUUGCCCAUACGGAGCAGCUUGUGCCGGCCAUGCCUGUCCCAGGCCAUCAGAGCUCCUCGGCGGCCAAGUUCGUGGGCGAGGUGUAGCAGCACGGACCUCCAUCAGCGUACGCAAUUGGAGCAACAUACCGACUACGGCAAUGAGGCGACCCAGGCCAAUUCCAAGACGCUGAAGAAGGGAAAGAGGACCUCCAGAACAGUCUCGCCAUCAACGUCGGCUUCCACUGCCUCUACAGGUGGGCCACGUCGCUCCUCCAAGGCCUAUGCGGAUCUCCCCACUCACGCCUCUGGAAGCACAGGCGAGCCAUUUGUGCCGCUCGAGCCUUUCGUACCCAUCACCUCGAAGAGAGCAGUCAGGCGAAAGAAGCCUCAAGUACCCAAGAGCUCAGACGAAGCCUCGCAAGGUACAAAGACAUCGGAAGCCACGGCAGAUGGCACUUUGGCACCGACUCGAGAUGCAGAUCAAGGCCGGCAGCCCGGGCAGGGCGAUGUAGAUAUACCCCGGAUAGAUGAGCUGGGACCGCAGGGUCAGGCCUGGCCGCCACUUGCCAAAGACGUACUCACCAACCUCGCACGGUUCCCAGGAUGUCUUUUGCUCACCAGAGUCGGUGGCUUCUACGAGUCUUACUUCGACCAAGCACCACCACUAUCCAUUCUCCUGUCCCUCAAGCUCGCCUCUAGGACAUGGGGCGGCCGCCCAGUACCCAUGGCCGGCUUUCCCAUCUCACAGCUAGAAAAAUACCUCAAAAUCCUCGUAGAGGACAAUCGCAGGCUCGUCGCCAUCUGUGAAGAAUUCCGUUCAGACGAAUCGGGCGUUGAGGGGGAGAGUCCGGCAGAUUGGAAGAUGAUCAAUGCACUCAAAAGUAGCGCAAAGGGAGCCGCGAGUGGCGAGGAGAAGUUCAAUGAGAAGGUAGAGAUCACCAGGAGAGUGACAAGAGUGGUCAGCCCGGGCACACUCAUCGAUGAGAAAUGGAUGAACCCACUCAAGAACAAUUUCAUACUGAGCGUAGCCUCUCUUCCGAAAAUCACCAAAGAUAGCGCCGACCCACAGGAAGGCUCUACUGGCUUUGGUCUUGCCUGGCUCGACCUCAGCACCUCGGAUCUACACGUCUCGGAAUGCUCAGACGUAGAGUCUCUCAGGGACGAGAUCAAGAGGAUCGCGCCUUCCGAGGUCGUGAUAGAAGAUGGCUUGGACUUGUCUCAGACUAGUGCAGCCGGUACACCACCAGGGCAGCGAACUGAAGUUGGCGAUGAGGCAGCUCAGUUCUGGCAGAUGCUCGAUGGUGACAGGACACUCCUGUCCUACGUCGACCCAGACACCAGCAGCGAUACAGCAUCGGCACAGGCGUCCUCGCUCGAGGCUGAAGCAACGCACUCCUACAAGCCUGUAGAACGUCGCGCCAUUCGCAACCUCACUUCGCAUCUCCGCAAACGGCUCAUCGCCUUUUCCUCUGACUCGGCCCAGACUGGCAAUGCGCAGAUGGACAAUCUCAUCGCCUCUGGGAUGCUCAUCCGACAUCACCUGCCGUCGGAGACGAUGAUGAUCGACUGCAACACUCUUGAUGCCCUCGAGGUGAAAGAGGCCACGCGCGAAGGCGGUGUACGGGGCAGCCUUGUCAGUACAGUCAGAAGGACGAUCAGCAAAGGCGGAGCUAGGCUGCUUGUUGAGUGGCUCACCUCACCGUCGACAUCACACCCGGUGAUAUCCUUCCGACAUUCCGUCGUUGCCCUCCUCCUCUCUAGGCCUUUUCUACAUGAAGACCUCCGCACUCUCUUCAGACGACGCAUCUCUCGAGGUGACAUCUCCCGCACUAUACAACGGAUUGCUACCGGAAGAAACGACGAGCAAGACUUGCUCGAGGUGAAGGACUUUGUCAAGUUCAUUGGCGAGGUCAAAGAGACGAUCAAGCAGGACACCGAUGCCACAGCUGUGGAUGAAGAAAUCGAAGGCAGGGCCAAUCUGUCACAACUGUGCGAUGCUUUAAUUGAGCUGACGAGUCUUGGUGACAGACUCGAGGGGGCAAUCGAUGAGAGAGUCAUGGAGAUCAGAGCGAGGGCAAUGGAGGCAAUGGAACGCGAAGAAGAAGAGCGCGAUGAAAGUGACGGUGAAGAAGUCGAGGUGACCGUCAGGAGCAAGGCGGCAGAAAGCCCAGCAGCGAUUGAGAUACCCGCGAUGGCUGUAAGGAAAGGAGAGGAAGAUCCGUGGGGAGCUCCAUUUGAGCAUCUGAUUCGACCUAGCUCGUCAAAGCAGCUAUCAUCCCUGACCAAGGAAUACGAAGCGCUCCGCCACGAAGCCUCUACGCUGCAAACCUCACUCCGGGCCCGCUUCAAUCAGGGAAAACUCUCUCUCCGCUUCCUCCUAGGUCAGGGCUUCGUAGUCCACUUUGCCGACUAUCGCUCCACGACCAGUAGCGAUGCAGCUUCUAGCUCCCCCUCGCCAGAAGACCACUUCACCCUCGCCUAUCGCACCAAGUCCACCCGAACCUUUUACUUCGACCGUUGGUCCUCGCUGGGCUCGCGUCUGCUCCGCUUGCAGGAAGAGCUGAAGCGCGCCGAGUCCCUCGAGUUGCGGCGACUGCGCUCUCUCGUCCUCCAGUCGAGCUCUACCUUGCGGGCCAACGCACGGAGGAUCGAUGAGCUGGACUGUCUCAUGGGCUUUGCGACACUAGCUAGGGAGCUUGCGCUCACACGGCCGGAGAUGGUGCAGGGGGAAGAGGGAAUAUUCGAGGUUAGGGGAGGGAGACAUAUUGGCGUUGAGCUUGGACUGCUAGAGCGAUCGCCCGCUCGGUCAUUCCACAGCAACGAUCUGAUCAUGUCCCCUGCCAAUGCCGCGGAGGGUCAACAAGGAGGCGGAGAAGGCAGAGACGAUGGUGGCGGAAGACUGCACUUCAUCACUGGUCCAAACAUGGGCGGGAAGAGCACGUAUCUGAGGCAGAACGCACUCAUUGCCAUUCUCGCCCAGACGGGAAGCUUUGUGCCUGCCGCCCAUGUCAGGAUGAGCGUUGUGGAUCGCUUGUUCUCCAGAGUGGGAGCCAAGGACGAUCUCUUCCGGGAUCGGUCGACCUUCAUGGUCGAAAUGCUCGAAACGUCCGAAAUUCUCCGGCGGGCCACCUCGCGCUCCUUUGUCAUUGCAGACGAGAUUGGAAGAGGCACCACGACCAAUGUAGGAAUCGCAAUUGCCUUUGCCACAUUGACCGAGCUGUCAAAGAUUGGCUGCCGAGCACUCUUCGCCACGCACCUCCACGAGCUCGCCGAUCGAAUGGGCUACGACGAGCGCACACAUCGGGGCAGCGAAAGUUUCUCCCACGUGCGCUUCGCAAGUACCGACGUGGUGCAAGGCGAGAAUACCAUCACCUACCUGCACGCGCUACGUCCCGGAGUCAAUCGCGAGUCGCACGGACUGACAGUGGCUGCGCUCGCGGGGAUGCCUGCUUCGGCUUUGCAGGUCGCGAGGGAGACGCUGCGGAGCUUGAGUGUCGAGGGGGAGGGGAAGUGGUGAGACACGGGCUGGUCAGGGGAGGUGAGGUGAUGUGGAUGGAGGUGGAAAGGGGGGGAGGGAGCGUCCGAGCAGAG